AUGCUUGUACAUGACCCGACGCAUGUACCUGACCCGACGGUAGUAUCUGACCCGAUGCUUGUACAUGACCCGACGCAUGUACCUGACCCGACGGUAGUAUCUGACCCGAUGCUUGUACAUGACCCGACGCUUGUAGCUGACCAGAAACUUGUAUCUGACCCGACUCAUGUAUCUGACCUGACGCAUGUACCUGACCCGACGUUUGUACCUGACCAGACGCUUGUACCUGACCCUACGCAUCUACCUGACUCGACGCAUGUACCUGACACAACACUUGUACGUGACCUGACGCUUUUACAUGGCCCGACACUUGUACCUAACCCGAUGCUAGUAUCUGACCCGAUGCUUGUACCUUACCCGACGCUUGUACUUGACCUGACGCUUGUACUUGACCCGACGCUCGUACGUGACCCGACGCUUAUACAUGACCCGACGCUUGUACCUUACCCGACGCUUGUACCUGACCUGAUGUUCAUACCUGCCCCGACGUUAGUACCAGACCCAACGCUCGUACCAGUCCCGAUGCUCGUGCCUGACCCGACGCUUGUAAGUGACCCAACGUUAGUACCUGACCCGACGCUUGUACCUGACCUGACAAUUGUACCUGACCCAACGGUUGUAUCUGACCCGACGCAUGUACCUGACCUGACGCUCGUACCUGACCCGACACAUGUAUCUAACCCGAUGCUUUUACUUGAUCCAACGCUCGUACCUGACCUGACAUUCGUACCUGACCCGACAUUUGUAUCUGACCCGACACUCGUACCUGACCCGACGGUUGUAUCUGACCCGACGCAUGUACUGCACCUGACGCUUGUAUAUAACCCGCCGCUCAUACCUGACCCAACGCAUGUACCUGAUCCGACGUUCGUACUUGACCUGAUGCUCGUACCUGACACGACACUUGUAUCUGACCCGAUGCUCGUACCUAAUCCGACGCUCGUACCUGACCCGACGCUCGUACCUGACCCGACGUUCAUACUUGACCCGACGAUCGUACUUAACCCGAUGCUUGUACUUGACCCGACGCUCGUACCUGACUCGAGGCGCGUACCUAACCCGACGCUUGUACCUGACCAGAUGCUCGUACCUAUCCCAACACCCGUAGCUGACCUGACGCUCGUACCUGACCCGAUGUUUGUACCUAACCCGAAGCUUGUACCUGACCCAAUACUUGUACCUGACUCGAUGGUUGUAUCUGACCCGACGCAUGCACCUGACCCGACGCUCGUACCUGACUCAACGCAUGUACCUGACACGAUGCUUGUACCUGACCCGACGCUUGUACCUGACCCGACGCUAGUACCUGAACUGACGCUCAUGUCUAAACCGAAGGUCGUACCUGACCUGAUGCUCGUACCUACCCGACGGUCGUACCUAACCCGACGCUCAUACCCGACCCGACGCUCGUACCUGACCCAACGGUUGUAUCUGACACGACGGAAGUACCUGACCCGACGCUUGUACUUAACAAUACGCAUCUACCUGACUCGUCGCAUGUACCUGACACGACGCUCGUACAUGACCCGACGCUCGUACCUGACCCUACGCUAG